AUGACCCUGGAUGGACUUCGGGCAUUGAUUGAACAAGCGGCUGUAGUGGCCAACGGCAGUAGCGAGGAGGCAGCACAGGUACUCGCCAUCAGCAAAAAAAUGGGCAAAAUGGGAACAAGAAUAAUCAGUACGGUGAUGGCUGACUGUACGGCUAUUAUCGAUGACGUUUUUGGGCCUGGUGCGGCUGCCACCAGUGGAGGUAACACUGAGACAAACGCUGGGACGCAACGGCAUCAACAGCGCUCCAACUACACGAGUCGCGGGGGGAAGUCCAUGCGGACAGGUGUGGAGUUGUUGAAGAUCGGCAAGGGUGAGGAUAACAAGAUGGCCAAGUCACUACCAGAGGGAUCGUGGUGGUGUUUCGACACAGGUUCCAAUGUGCACUUGACCGGUGAUCGCUCUCUCUUUGUUCAUCUCGAAAAAAAUACUCAGAAAGUAUUGGUGCAAAUGUCGUUGGUGUGGGCGCCACGACGCUAA